AUGGUCAACUUCAUCAAGCUCCUCGGUCUAUGGGCCAUCCUACUCUUUUCUAUGGUUUCCGCUGGCAAGCUGAAGAAACAUCAGUCGCGAGCCUGGUUUGCCGCAAAAGACUAUCUGGAAACAGCUCACGGCUUACUUGAAACAAAAUUUAGAACGCCAACAGACUUCGAAAUCCCGAAAGAGGACAUCAAAAAAGCAUGGGAGCAUGCUUACAGCCAAGAUAAAGGCUCGCUCUAUAUGAAUCAAGUCGAAAAUCACCCGAAGACCAUUUACACUCUCACUAAGAUCCCUCAGAGUAGCGAACUUGGUCGAAAAUGGGGGUUAGACAACCUGUCGAAGAACGCCUAUUUAUUCUGGGAGAUCAAAAAAAACAAAGAGCACAAGUUUCUCGCUGCUCAGACUUGGUCAGUUGGCGGUCUCUUUGUGGACGGAAAGAAGCUGCAAGAAGUCGUUGAAAAAGCGGCAAAGCUUUGA